AUGGUACCAACCUUCACGAAUGUAGUAGCGAGCUUGGCCUUGGUGCUCCUUUAUUCCCUUGCUCAAGUCGUCCGGUCUCAAUCCUUGUCUCUUCGUCAAUGGGCAGGAAACGAGAACCAAGGAAGUAUCAUUGGCUUAACCAGCAACGACAAGCCUCCUCCUGAUGCUUUUGCGAACCAAGAAGUUAGGCCCCCCUUCAUUGGCAACGAUCGCAAUUUCAACAGUGGCGAUAUCCGAAACGGAAGUGUUCGAUUCUUCCGCAAGGAGCAGGGUUCGAGUGCAUCACCUUCGAACGAAUUGACCAACCUUACCUUGUUUGGAAACUCAUUAGGAGGUGACUUUGGCCAUGCUAUCUCCCUUUCCGGGGAUGGAAAUCGAGUGGCAAUUGGUGCAAUAAGUUCCGGAAAUGUAGGAAGCGUAUCUGUCUACGAGAUGGUGAAUGAGGCUUGGGGACUUCUGGGUGUGAUUCCCGGUGAAGUAGUGGAUAGUAUAUUCGGCUAUUCCGUAUCGCUUUCCAAGGAUGGAUCGAGGGUGGCUAUUGGAGAUCGGUUGAAUACUCGUCGUAAUGCUGGUUAUGGUCGAGUCUACGAAUGGAAUGGUUCAUCAUUUCUAAAAUUGGGAGCCAAUAUUGAUAGAGAAUCAAUAAGUGGGGGAAAAACGCCCAGUGAUAUUGCACUUUCGGAAGAUGGGUUGGUUGUUGCAAUUGGCGCCCUUUGUAUAGACGUCGGUUUCGGUUCUUACUUUACCGGGGUUUCGGUGGCUCUCUCUGGCGAUGGGAACAUUGUCGCAGUUGGAAUAAACAAACGAGUGCAAGUGUUUGAGUGGAAGGAUGCUGAGUGGAUCCAAGUUGGCCAAACCUUAAAAGACUUAGGGGGACAAAUCUAUUCUGGAGAAUCUGUUUCCCUAUCAUCUUCUGGUUCUGUUCUUGCGUUGGGAUCCGACAGGGUCGCUCCACAGGUGUACAUAUUGGCGGAUGGUACUUGGCUAGAACUAGGUGGCAUCAUCGGCAGCUUCGGUGGCCAUCUAGUUUCACUAUCCAGCGAUGGAUUUACGCUUGCAGUUGGGGAUUGGAGAUCAGAUUCUGUUUCCAUUUACAACUUGAAUGAACUCUUGGAGACCACCACUCCGACACCAAGCCCCUCAGCAAUCUCUGGACCAACCAUGGCACAUCAUCCAUGA